AUGAACAAGGAGGCCUGUUGGGCUGCGCAGAUUCUUGGCAUACCAUGCGUCGGUAUCAUGACAACAGCUGGGCCGGGAAGCCUGCGCUCGGCGACUUUGGAAUGGAUGGAGAAGAUGGGCUACACCACUGAGCGGUGCUUGAAGGAGCGCCGUGCCUACCAACCUUUGCUUGAAGCUGUUGAUCGCUUGCGGGCCAAAUAUGGCUUAGAGAUCGAGCUCGAUGAGGAAAUGGCACCAGUCGGAAUGUCGGUGGUUGCAAAGCAAUCGGCUCUGACCCUGGUCACCACAGUGGACUUCCUGGCGGAUCCCUUGUCCCCAGAGUUGGAGAAGAUCUACGAAGAAGCGCAAACGGAGUUUGUCUUCGUCGGGCCGCUGCUCGACAAGGCCGGAGCCAAGCGAGCAGCAGGGCACAAGUUCCAGAAAGAGGCCGAGUCUACCCGGGGCCUUGAGCCGCCUGCAGAAACUGCCCGCGAAGCGGGUCGAAAGGUGAUUUUUGCGAGCAUGGGAACGGUCAUUACAGGAGACGGCCCGGAAGUUGGCUGGGCCAGCCACAUGUCCGUCGAUGGAGUUUUUCAGGGCUUGACCGGCAAAGAGCUUUGCCAAGCCGCCUGGGGUGGGCUUUUCGAUGCCUUCGGCACAGACAGCGCUGAUGCCGGUCCGCUGCUGUUGGUCUCUUUGGGACCACAACCAGAUGCACUUGAGAACCUCGUGGCUCCGGCGAACGCUGCAUGCUUGCCGGUCAUGCCACAAGUUGACAUCUUAAAGGAGGGCGUGGACUUGUUCCUGACGCAUGGAGGCCAAAACAGCUUCAUGGAAUCCCUGAGCACUGGCUCUCCGGUUGUUGUUUGCCCAGGAUUUGCAGAUCAGCCUGUCAAUGCUCAGAAGGCUGUCCAGCUUGGUGUCGGCCUGCAAAUCGAGCGACCUAUGUGCGAUCUGAGCGAGGCAUCACAGGUGGCUGCCAAGUACCGAUGCGACGUCGCGGCAGCUCUCCAAGAGGUCCACGGGAACCCGGAGUUCAAGACCAAAGCGAACGAAUGCUCUUCGAAGAUGCAGUCUGCAGGUGCCUUGGCCAAUUCAGGACAUGAGAGUUCGGAAAUGAACAGCACAUCCGGUCGGAACGGGUGUUCUAAUCAGGGUUUUCUGCGGAAGGCGGAAGGGUAUAGGAGGACCACGCACUGA